AUUUGUCUUCGUCGUGACGUUCCAUCACUGUCCAAACACAUCAUUCAUUCCUGACCCAAACAAAAGUGGAAAUCAUAAAAUGAAAAAAGUAUUCGAGGAUUAUAUUAAUCUGAGCUAUUAUACCUAUGUUAUGGUGCAAAAUGGUGCAAAACAAACGGAAAAGUAUAAAAGUGACAAAGGCAAUUUAUUGUCCUUACAAGAUUAUUGUAUAUGAGUAUUUCAUUUAUAACUAGAGUAUCCUGCUCACACUAAAGUAUAAAUUACUAUGUUCGAGUCUGCGCACUAUUCUGCACAUUUGUGUAGUAUAUUUUCAAACAUCAAUAAUCAAGUAUAGAGACUCAACAACUCGCAACACGCAUGCGUGGUACGUCGUGUUCGUAAGAAGUGGAAAAAUCAUUACAGCAGAGUAUGCAACUUGCAAGUGAAGCAGUAACUAUACUGCUAAUCAUCUAAUGAUGGCUGAAAUUAAUAAAGGUUGUUUCGAACGAUGUUGCCGUCUGUGCGCCGAGGAACAAGAUGUAACCAUAAUGAUCUUCAGUGCAGAAGCUGAAGCCAUGCUUCUGCAAAAUAAGCUUAAUAAGUAUUUACUCAUAGAGGUAGAUGAAGAUGAUAGAUUGCCUAAAAACAUCUGCAUUAAAUGUUGUUCUAAACUGCAAACAGUUUGUGAUUUCAUAGACUCUGCCCAUCGAGCUCAGGAACUGCUAACUAAUCGUAGUUUAAUGUUAGAUGAAGUUGUAAUAAACCAUUGUACAAUAACACCUAUAAAAGUGGAAAAUGAUGUUGAAAUAAUCAACUCGGAUGAUGACGGUAAGUUUACUGAAAUGGAGAUCAGUGUAGAUCCCAUGAUGGUGCUACAGAAUUCUGAAGAAGGAUUGUCACCAAUUUCCUAUGACAAUAGUACUUCAAUGGAAGAUGUGACACAUUUACAUGGGGUGGAUGGAGAAAAUGUUACAAUUAAGUUAAUAAAAAAAUGUGAGCCUUCUCCAGAUAGCAGUGAUGAAAAAGAUGCUAUUGCAAAACCUUUUCCUUGCAUAACAUGCAAACGCAGUUUUUACUCAGAACUGGCUCUUAAAAAUCAUUCAUGGAUACAUACUGGCGACAAUAAAGAAAAAAAAUACAGAUGCAAUACAUGCAUGGAUAUUUUUGAUUUUAAGUGUGAUUUAGUAUCACAUUUAAAGAUACAACACAAAACAAAUGGCCAGUGUCAACUGUGUGGAAGAAUGUUCAGGAGUGAAAAAACUUACACCGCUCACAUGGCUGUACAUGCUUCCACAGGCAAGUCAUUCACAUGCAAAAUAUGUGGUCGCUCUUAUAAAACUUGGGGCAGUUUGCGAACUCACAACAUUACUCACAGCAGUGAAAGACCAUACCAUUGUCCUUUCUGUAAGAAGACUUUCAAACGUAACCAAGACUUAAAGUUUCACAUAAACCAACACACAGGUGCAAAACCUUAUAAAUGUCCCUUCUGUGAAAAAAGUUUUGCAAGUUCUGGUAAUUGCUACUCACACAGAAGUCGCAUGCAUCCUGGACGACGCGUUGAGGGCAAAGUAAGGAGAUGGAAUGGUACAACUAAAGAAAAUCCAGUAUUGCCUUCGAGAACCACGGCUAAAACUCACUUAACAAAUGUGAAGGGAAUUUAUAAAUAUCAAUGUCAAAUAUGUGAGCAUAGUUUUUUGAGGAGAGAUAAUUAUACUUACCACAUGUACCAGCACACUGGUGAAAAACCCUUCCAGUGUUCCAUAUGUCCAGAGAAGUUUGUUACCAGGAAAGGCCUUUUAAUCCACCAUGACAAGAUGCAUCCAUUACAAGAUCGACCACUUGCAUUGCUUUCCAAAAACCUAUUAUUGAAAUAAGUUUUAGCUAAAUGAAUAAUUACAUUGUGGAGGAACUGAUGUUGCCAAUAUUUAAUCAAAUAAUGUUGGUCAUAUAAUUUCACCAAGACAGCAAACUGUUGAACUGCCUGCUCAUCCUUAUUCUACUCCAAUGUGGGCCAGAGUUAUACACUUUUUAAAGCAUAUUGUUACAGGAAGGCUUUGUCUUAGUUUAUGUGCACGCCCGGCCUGCACCAGCCUGACUCCCUGGGUGAAUCCAGUUUGUGGCAAAGCGUGUUGAAAAAACCCUUAGUGUUGUCCGAUCAAACCAAAGGAUUUCCCCAUACACAUUCUAUACAAGCUGCCACUAGACAAAGGAGACAAUAACCGAAUACAAUGGCAUUAUUUUAUUUUAAAAAAUACAAUCUCGCGAAUGUCCAGCGGCCGCGGUUCCGUCGUAGUAUGCAAAAUCCUUAUUCUGUGGCUUUUCAUUUUCAAACUCUUUGAUAAAAUUAACAGGUUCUUAUUAACGAAACACAAGUUCUAAAUUUACUUUAGCUUGGCAAAAGUUUACAUAAUCAGGCAGUUCUACACGAAAA